ACCUAAAAAUACAUAUUAAAAUUAGUACAUAAUUCAAAUAUGAUAAUUCAAUCGCUUUAUAAAAAUAUCCCUAGGCCCUUAUUAAUAUUAUCGACUUUAGGAGCAGGCGUGGGCUUCGCGACACUUAUAAAGGAAUAUUUAGGAGGUAAAAAGUACCAAGGAAUAGGCGUAUCUCAUGCGGAAGGGAAAGUUGUCAUAGUUACCGGUGCCAAUACGGGAAUAGGAAAAGAGGUCGUUUGGGAGCUGGCAAGAAGGAAAGCCAAGAUUUACAUGGCAUGUAGAGAUAUGAGAAGAUGCGAAGCAGCCAGGGAGGAAAUUGUUUUGGACACCAAAAACAAGUACAUUUACUGUAGAAAAUGCGAUCUCGCCUCGUUAGAGUCUAUUAGAAAGUUCGUUAAGGAAUUCAAAUCACACGAAAACCGAUUAGAUGUACUUGUUAACAACGCAGGCGUAAUGAGAACUCCGAAUGAGAAGACACGAGACGGAUUCGAACUUCAAAUAGGCAUCAAUCACUUAGGGCAUUUCUUAUUAACCAAUCUUCUAUUAGAUUUACUAAAGAAAUCGGCUCCAAGUAGAAUAAUAAACGUAUCUAGCGUAGCUCACAAAAAGGGCAUAAUAAACCAAGACGAUUUAAACAGUGAUAAAUCGUACGAUCCUGCUGCUGCUUACGCCCAGAGUAAACUUGCAAAUAUAUUAUUCACUAACGAACUAUCAAAGAAAUUACUGGGCACUGGUGUUACAGUAAACAGUGUACACCCUGGUAUUGUUGAUACAGAAAUCAUAAGGCACAUGAGCUUCUUCAACAGUUGGAUAUCCACGAUCUUUAUUAAACCAUUUGUUUGGCCUUUCGUAAAGAGUCCUAAACAGGGAGCGCAAACGAUCAUUUAUUUAGCAGUAGACGAUAGAGUGGAGAAAACAACUGGGAAAUAUUUCGAUAAUUAUGAGGAAGCUGAAGUCAGCGAUGGAGCAAAAGAUGAAAAAAUAGCAAAGUGGCUAUGGUUGACUAGUGAAAAGUGGACGAGAUUGAUUGCUUAA